AUGUCUACGCAGGAGCACCCCCACCCCUCUAAGGCCGAUGCCUUCCGUGAUAUCCAGGAAGAAGAGGCAGUACCAAAACGAGGAGUAGACGCCGAAGCGGAAGGCGGAGACAAAACGCCCCCUAGGCGUCCACUUUCACUUUCAGUAUCCGGGUCCGGAGCCAUUUACCGUCCCGCAGUCCUUGCCCUGCAAGCAAUUGUUAAUUCCCUCGACCUCAAGAAAGAAAUUCAACCCGAAGAGCUGAAAGCAGUUGUGGAUAAGUUUUCCCCUGAGGAGGUGAUUCGACUGCAAGCGAUCACAUGGCAGUUUGGCACGGAUCCCGCCCUAGUUGAACCUCCUGAAGCCCUCAACUUGUUUAUGUCUAAACCUGCAGCUGAGAGUAGAGAAAGAAUACUGUAUCUCGAGGGAGCCAGGAAGAGUUGGAGAGUCAUGUCUAAACAUGAAGAGACAGGCCGAGAGUUCGUUUAUAAAGCUGAUAACAUCAGAGAUAGGGCGAUACAGCUGAUCAGAGACCUUGGCAAGAGUGAAGGCUGCAAGGCCCAAUCGAUGCCGCUACCGCUGCAGCCAACCCCGAAGGCGGAGGAACCAUUUCAGCGUACCAGCGUCUUGCAGAGCGACACGGUAGAUGGACCGGACACCCGCAUGCAGGAAUAUCAGGACUUUCUGGUAUCUGAGGAGAUAGACUCUGGAAAACAGCUUGCUAUUGCUAAGCAGGAGCUGUAUGUCCCCAUCAAGUAUCUCUUCACGGUGCAAUACUGA